AUGGCGGAGAACACACGAAUUGUCAGGGUGAAGGUUAUAGCUGGAAUUGGCCUGGCCAAGAAGGAUAUCUUAGGAGCCAGUGACCCAUAUGUGAAAGUGACAGUGUAUGAUCCAGUGAAUGGAGUCCUUACCAGUGUUCAGACAAAAACUAUUAAAAAGUCCUUAAACCCAAAGUGGAAUGAAGAACUCCUAUUUAGAGUUAAUCCUCAGAAACACAGACUCCUUUUUGAAGUAUUUGAUGAAAACCGUUUGACUCGAGAUGAUUUUCUUGGGCAAGUGGAUAUUCCUCUUUAUCAGCUACCGACAGAAAAUCCAAGUAUGGAGAGACCAUAUACAUUUAAAGAUUUUGUUCUUCAUCCAAGAAGCCAUAAAUCAAGAGUUAAAGGCCACCUUAGAUUAAAAAUGACUUACUUGCCUAAAAGCAAUGGGUCUGAAGAAGAAACCACAGAACAGGCUGAAGAAUUAGAGCCUGGGUGGAUUAUAUUGGACCAACCAGAUGCUGCUAACAUCCUCGGCAGGACCUACUAUGUCAAUCAUGAAUUCAGAAGAACACAGUGGAAAAGACCAACUGCUCAGGACAAUGUAGCUGUUGCAGAUAUUGGUAGUGUGCAGUUGGAGGCCCAGCAUGUGUUCACUCAUCGGCGACAGAUAUCAGAGGAUACGGAAAAUACAGACAACAGAGAUUCCCCUGAGAGCUGGGAAAUUAUAACUGAAGAUGAGGCAACAAUGUAUAGCAAUCAGAACCUUCAAAUACCUCUCUCUCAGAGUAAUUGCGAUAUACAGACUCAUCUUGCAGAAGAAUUGAAUACCAGACUUACUACCUCUGGAAGUUCAGCUACUGGCCAGUCAGCAACCUACACUAACCAUUCCAGCAGAAGAGGUAGUCUGCAAACAUACAGAGUUGAAGAGCAGCCUGCACAUCCAGUGUUACUGCCUACUUCAUCUGGAUUACCCCCAGGCUGGGAAGAACGACAAGAUGAAAAAGGGAGGUCAUAUUAUAUAGAUCACAAUUCUAGAACCACUACGUGGAUAAAGCCAGUUGUACAGAUUGCUACGGAAACAGGUCAGUUGUCAGCUGCGCAAAGUAUUUCUAUAGGAAGACAACCACAAGCAACAUCAAGUGAUUCAUCACAACAGUCUUCUCAGCAGCAGCCUGAAAUGGAGCAAGGAUUUCUCCCUAAAGGCUGGGAAGUCCGACAUGCACCCAAUGGGAGACCAUUCUUUAUUGACCACAAUACCAAAACUACAACAUGGGAAGAUCCAAGACUGAAAAUUUCUGCUCAUCUGAGGAGAAAGACUUCCCUAGAUCCAGUAGACCUGGGCCCGUUACCACCAGGGUGGGAAGAGAGAACUCACACCGAUGGAAGAAUAUUUUUCAUAAACCACAAUACAAAGAAAACACAAUGGGAGGAUCCUCGAUUGCAGAAUGUGGCAAUAACUGGACCAGCUGUGCCUUACUCCAGGGACUAUAAGCGGAAGUAUGAGUUCUUCAGAAAGAAAUUGAAGAAACAGAGUGAUAUUCCAAAUAGAUUUGAAAUGAAAAUUCAUCGCACAACAAUCCUUGAAGAUUCUUAUAGAAGAAUUAUAGCUGUAAAGAGAGCAGAUUUCCUUAAAGCAAGACUUUGGAUUGAAUUUGAUGGUGAAAAAGGUUUAGACUAUGGAGGAGUGGCCAGGGAAUGGUUCUUCCUUCUUUCUAAAGAAAUGUUUAAUCCUUAUUAUGGAUUGUUCGAAUACUCAGCUACAGAUAACUAUACUCUGCAGAUCAAUCCAAACUCUGGACUUUGCAAUGAAGAUCAUCUCUCUUAUUUCAAGUUUAUAGGUCGUGUAGCUGGAAUGGCUGUUUACCAUGGCAAACUUCUGGAUGCCUUUUUUAUUCGUCCUUUUUACAAGAUGAUGCUCCAAAAACCAAUAACGCUUCAUGAUAUGGAGUCUGUGGAUAGUGAAUAUUACAAUUCUCUAAGAUGGAUUCUUGAAAAUGAUCCAACAGAACUGGACCUCAGAUUUAUAGUUGAUGAAGAACUUUUUGGUCAGACCCAUCAACAUGAACUGAAGAGUGGUGGAUCAGAAAUAGUUGUCACCAACAAGAACAAGAGAGACUACAUUCAUCUUGUAAUUCAGUGGAGAUUUGUGAGCAGAGUACAGAAACAAAUGGCAGCCUUUAAAGAGGGCUUUUUUGAACUAAUACCGCAGGAUCUGAUUAAAAUUUUUGAUGAAAAUGAGCUAGAGUUAUUAAUGUGUGGACUGGGAGAUGUGGAUGUGGCUGACUGGAAACUGCAUACAAAAUACAAAAAUGGCUACAACAUAAACCAUCAAGUAAUACAGUGGUUCUGGAAGGCAGUCUUAAUGAUGGACUCUGAAAAGAGAAUAAGAUUACUUCAAUUUGUUACUGGCACAUCACGCGUACCUAUGAAUGGGUUUGCUGAGCUGUAUGGUUCAAAUGGACCACAGUUGUUUACAGUUGAACAGUGGGGUACCCCUGAAAAACUGCCGAGAGCUCAUACCUGCUUUAAUCGCUUGGAUUUGCCUCCAUAUGACUCGUUUGAAGAUUUAUGGGAUAAACUUCUUCUAGCAAUUGAAAAUACUCAGGGGUUUGAUGGGGUUGAUUAAGACACAGACAUAAAUUAUAUCAGUCCAGUGCUGCAAUUUCAUUUUAAGGGUUUACAAACAAAUUUGAAUUUUUCCAGGGACUACCAUUGUAUUUAGUCACAUGGCUAUUGAAUCUUCAUAGUAUCACUUUUAAAAUAAGUAAGCAUUAAAAAUUCACUAACUUUUGAAAAUGCAUUUUGCCAUUUCCACAGUUUUGUGGAAUAAUAACUAUAAUACACACAUUGGAUGGGCCAGUGCCAAGUAAGUAAAAAACUAAAAUGUUUUUAAGCAGUUGCCUCUUCUACAGUAUUUGACAGACUGUUCUGCAGUAAACUGCUGAAGUAAAACUGUGAAGAAAUCUUUGCAGAGGGUGUAAAUUUGAAUUGCUGCUUUAAGAGGAACAACUGAAAUUGUUAAACUUUUUAAAACAAAACCAUCAAGCUUCAUGUAAUGCAAUAUCAUAAUCUGUGCUGCUUCAGGCCGUUUGCUACAGAUCUGCCCAAAGCACCUUAUAAUUUAGCAUAUUAGGUAAAACAUUGGAAAGCAUUUGUUUGCAUUAUCAGCCAUCAGUCUGCAGAACAUUGACUUGCUGUUAUUUGUUAGAUUUCUGUUUCUAACUUGUUUUUGUUAAAACAGUGUAACAAAACCAGGACCAUCAGUUUGCAGAACGUUGACUUGCUGACACAUUUUAUUUGUUAGAUUUCUGUUUCUAACUUGCUUUUGUUAAAACAGUAUAAUGAAACCAGGAUUUUUAUAUAAAACAGACAAGCAGCGUAAUUCUGAAUUGUAAUGAGAAAUUAUAUCCAUUUUUUGUCUGAAUUUGUAUACUGUCGUUGGUUUAUUGAGUAUUCAUCACUUUUUUUGAUAAAUUUGUAGUUCAACAAUGGAUAAUAUUUUCAAUUCAGCCUUUUGCAACGAAUUAAUCUUAAAGUGAAAUUUGUAUGGAUAUCAGUAUUAGUUAACUGGUAGUUAGAGGCCUUUAUCAUCCAUUCUUGCAGUAUUGCACUACAUAACAAUAAAGAACAUGUUUACAGGGUUUUCUGGGCCAAAUUCAGCAGUCUGAUAUGUGCAAACUUCUCUGAACUGCAUGGAGGUUAUGCCCAUGUAACCAGGUGCAGAAUUUGGUUCUGUAAUAUGUUUACAGGUUAUGCUAGUUUCUAUAGCUGCAUUUUUAUAUUUUUUUCUCCACUGUUAGUCUAGAAACCAAAUUUGUUAAUACAGUAUAACCAAAGUCAUAACCAACAAUGUGCAAUUUAUUGUAGAUCAACUUGUCAUAUAAAUAUUAGUUUGAUUUCUUUUGUAAAUGUGGGUAUUUUUUGUAUUAAUGUUAACACUUUUUUUGAGCAAGUGCUGGUUAAAAUCAUUAGCAAAGUUGGUUCUAAAAGAAAAAAAUUGGUUUAUAUACCUGGCUUGCUUUAAUUUUAACAUUUUAUUACCAAUAUGAUCUGAGGAAAUGACAGUACCUAGCUUUGGCCAGCAAAUUUCCGUUUAGUCACAGUCUUCAUAAAUAUGCAGGAAGGAAGUGUAGCACACCUCUCUCUACAGAUAUGUAAAUUAUGUAACAAAUGUAAUGGGUCUUAAGGGAUAUUUAAAAUCCCACUUUGUUUUAUUCUUUGACUAGGUCAUUAGGGCUGAGAAUAUUACAUGUAAAUAAAGGUAACUUAUACAAAUUUCCCAAAUCUAUAUGCAGUUUUGUAAAACAUGAAUGAUAUAUCAGUAAAUCUGUAUAGAUUUGAAUGUAGCAGGUUUUGUUGCAUACUUUGAAGUAUAAAAUAAGGAUCCUGAGAGCAGUAAAUAAAAGUUUAUUC